UACCCACUCUCGUGGUUGCGCGGAUCUGUCAGUAACCGGAUACGGCGUGGGGGUCGGUUUGUAAAUCGUUGCAAGUAGUUUUUUGGGUUAAUUUUCUCUGCGUAUGUCCAGCAAUAACAUUAACCGUUGUUACAAGUCUAUCUUGUCUCGUUUGGGUUGAGCGUUUUGCUAUUAUAAACACAGAAAUGGAGGGAGUUGUUUAAUAACGUACAGCACGGUUCAUUCUCAGUAGCCCAAGCUUCUACCGGUCUUACCGGGCGGAUUCAACUUGCGCAGUUUGUCGCUGGACAUGGCAGGCGGGUUGAAAGCGGGAUUCGUUCGUCUUAUGCAAUAUUUGCAGGACCCUCAGCACGUCGCGCGCUUCCAACGGCUGUGCGGGGUGCGCGGAACCGAACCGCGUGACAGACUCCGUAACGGGGUGCCAAGCACUCGCCGCGGGGAUGUUCACAACGGAGGCGGGGAUGCCACCCGCCGUAGAACAGCAGGAGCAGAGAGCGCCAGGGAGAAACGCAAUAACGGCGUGGCCAACGGGGCUGCGGGAGACAACGUCAACGGGCAGGCGCGGGAUAAAGACGGGGUCGAGACUCAAGGAUCCGCGGUGAAGCCGUUGCGCAGGAACUCUCUCACCGAAGACACCGGGCAGGAGUUCAUCAUCGACAAUAAGUUUCUUUACUACCUGUUCACGCUUGGCACCGAGCUUGGGAACGAGCUGUUCUAUAUUUCAUUCUUCCCGUUCUUCAUGUGGAACGUGGACGCGUAUGUGAGCCGCCGGUUAGUCGUGGUCUGGGUGUGGGUCAUGUAUCUCGGUCAGUGCACGAAAGAUGUGAUCCGUUGGCCGAGACCUGCCUCGCCUCCGGUGGUCAAGGUGGAGAUGUUCUACAACUCGGAAUACAGCAUGCCGUCUACGCAUGCCAUGUCCGGUACCGCCAUACCCUUGAGCCUGUUUCUGCUGACCUACGGUCGAUGGGAGUAUCCUCUGCUGCUUGGUCUCUCUCUAGCCAUCAGCUGGUGUGUCCUGGUGUGUUUGAGCCGUAUAUACAUGGGCAUGCACUCCAUACUGGACAUUAUUGCCGGUUUUCUGUACAGUUUGCUGAUCCUGGUGGUCUUCAGUCCUCUUCUGCACACCAUCGACACAUUUAACCGCACACAUCCCUACGCCCCUCUCAUGAUCAUCUCACUUCACGUAGGACUAGGCCUCUUCUCUUUUACCCUGGACACCUGGAGCACCUCACGCGGUGACACCGCCCAAAUCCUGGGUUCUGGGGCAGGUAUUGCCUUAGCAUCCCACAUCAACUACCAUCUGGAUCUUUUACCAGACCCACCUGCAUCUACGUUUCCUAUUCAACCCCCAUCUUUCACCAUCAGCCUGAUCGCACUCUGUCUACUCCGCUUUCUCCUUGGUGUCCUCAUUCUCCUGGCCACCAGAGCAGUAAUGAAGGCUCUCACCAUCCCCCUCGUCUGCUGGAUCUUUGGGAUUCCCAGCGGCGAUGUUCGGAAGGCCAGGCAGCACAUGGAGGUGGAGCUGCCGUAUCGUUACAUCGUCUACGGAACUGUGGGGUUAAAUGCGCUUUUCCUCGUGCCUUUCCUGUUUGCACGUGUGGGCCUGUUGUGAUUAGGUGGAAGAAUUACCUAUUAUUUUAGCCAAUGAGAGCCCAGUUGGACUGCAGAGGCAAAUCAAUGAUUGGAUGGAACUAAGGCCGAUCGUGUAACACUGCUGCACCUUCCAGAUGCUCCUUGAAUGCAUUUUCCAUCAUUUAUACUGUAGUUUUAUCAGAUUUUCUAUUCAAAACACCUGUUUGGUGUUAAUCCAGAGAUUAUUGCCCUUUUCUAUGCAGGUUGCUUUGCAUGUAUAGUACAGUAGCGUAUCUAUCAGAUUCUAUUCUUAUCUAAAAUCUUAUUGUAAACUUUAUACCCUACAGUGGUUAUGUUGUUGUGUUUUUUUUUUUUUGUUUGUUUGUUUUUUUUUUUGGAAGCAAUACAGCAUUUUUGCUAAUUCAGAAAUUUUAUAUGACAUAUGACUAAUAUUUUGGCAAGUUUUGUUCAUGCCUUGCUUCAACUCUUGCAUCAAGAGUCGAUUGAAAUCUCUCUUAUAAAGUGUGACUCAUGCAAAUUAGCGUGAAAAAUCUCUACGAUGAAAUGGUUGGGACCGAUGCCAGCAAUUUCUAUUUCUUUUUGUUUGUGAAAAUUGAUUCUGAAAUCUCAGAUGUCAAUAGAAACGGUCAGUGCUGGAUUUUUGUUUAGUUUUGGAUAAGGUUGUUAAGGUCGGACUAUUCUCCAAAGACUUUUGUAAUGAUAGAAGCCUUGAAAUGAAUGAAUAGUUCAUACAAAAGCCACAAUUGUGUCAUUUUACUCGCCCUCAAUAUUUUGGGAAAUGUCUUUUUUGUGCAUAUCAUAGAAGUCUAAUAUAGGGCUUUAAUGUGAUUUGAUUCCCAACGGAAAAGGAAAUCACAAGUUUGAAAUAAUAUGAGAGUGAGUAAAUGAUGAGAGUUUUCUUUCUUUUCUUUUCUGUUUGUUGAACUGACCACUCAAAUAGUUUUCUCAAGGCAUUAAAAUGUCUUGCUGAUGCACUCGUGAUUUACUUUGAAUAUUGUUUAAUACUGGAUCAGUAAAACUUUUUGUUCUUAUGUUAAAUACACGUCAGGGAGUCUGGCUCGUAAUCAGAAUUUUAUUAGCUCUUUGAUCUCAGUCUGCUUCUGUUCCCUGUACGCACGUUGCUGCUUAGAAUAGUGUGUGUGUGUGUGUGUGAAUAUGCGCGGCGUUAUUGAUAGCAAAGAAAAGCAGCACUCGACCAAUAUGUGUUUUCUCUACUAGCAUUUAGCAGUGUGCUUUUUGUUAGGUUGAAACACAAGGUUUGCCACUCAGCCUAUAAAUAAUUCUGCUUUCUGAUAGUCAAGGUUAAGUUCGAUGUGUGGUUAAGAUGAAUUUGUGGUACUGAUUUAAAUGCACUGUUCCCAGAAUGCACUGCUCUGCUGCCUGCUGUUGUGCGUGUUGCUGUGAUUUGGCCUUAUAAAGGGUCAGGCUUCCACUCUUCCUGUGGCCUUGUGUGUCUUUGUGCACACGUAAGUUCCUUUUUUUUGCUUGAAAGAGAAGCUGGCGUCCCAACUCCUCCCUUCUGUAAACAGAACUUGUUUUUAGAUUCUCUAAAUGAUGAGAAAACCAGCUAUUCUUCUCAGCGCAGACCAAUGCUUACCUUUGACCCUUCACCUAAAUCAGUAACAUCUAUGUAGUUUUAAGGUCAGAGGUUCUAUGGAAGAGACAAAGGUCGGAGGUUAAAUUUAGUACAGAACGAGUAGGAGAUUAUCUUUGGUGAGCAUUGCUUUCUGGGUUUGUUCCUUACUUGAUGAUUCCAUAAGAAUUGUUUUGGAUGGCAGUAGAUUGUAACGUUUUGUUUUCUCAGGCCUGUAUUUUAGUAAUCAGUCAUGCGUUUAUGACCAAAUAUGAGUGUUUUCAGUAGUUGUAAGUCCAUUAUGUAAUUUUCAGACCCAUACUAAAUCAGUAGGAUUUUCAUAAGUUUGGCUUGCAUAUCAUUCAAAAAGCUCAAGACCACCUUUCUUGUUUAUAUAAUUUUUUUUGUUCAUAUUGUUUAACUAUUUAAUAACAAAAAACAUGGUAGUCCCAGAUUAAUUUACCUUACUUUCCCAUGCAUACAUUUAAAAGCACCGAAUGCAGGAAAAAAAGGCAGCAGAAUCUGUGUGGUCCUUCUCGUGGCCUAGAUUAAACUCCUGAGAAACGGGCUCAGUGGUGAAGUUUUCAUUUUAAAGUGCUUUAUUUCCUUUGAUUUGGUUUUCUCUAGUUUAACUGCAAAUAACAUGGCUUAUUCUGAAUAAACAGAUCCGAUUUGGAUAUCACACGGUGCCUUUUAUCUAAAUCUCGGCACUGUUUGAAAAGCACAGACAAUUAUUCCCAUCUGUUUCUUUUUAAUUCUUUCUUUCAUCCAAGUAGAGCAUUCGACAAACUUUAAACUGAUGGAUAGAUGUCAGUGAUGUUAAAUGAGGAAAAAUGUAGUCAUAAAAAAAAUACAAUACUAAAAUAAGGGUUUGUCUGUGAUCAGCUCUACUUCUGUUUACUGUUUUUCAAACAAGAAAAAAAAGAUUUCAUGUUAAAUGUCAGUUUUUCUCUCUUGGUGUUCACUUUGCUGUCAUAACCAUUUCAGAAAUAUUACAAAAGUUGAACGUUUGUCUUAUUUGAAAAGGCACCCUCCUAUUGCUUUGGAUGUUUAUUUCAGUGUAAAAUCAGUAGGAUUUUUUUUUAAAUGUCUGGUUGUUUGUUUUGCUACUUGUUUUUACAAUUUUCUUCUUCUUUUUUUUUCACCAAAAGUGUCCCAGAAGCUUUGAAUAUUGUAUGUGUGUUUGUGUAAAAUGUUAUUUUGGAGCUUUGAUUCUCCUGUAUGAUAUUAAUCUUGGUCUUUUUGAUUUCCUUUUUAAUGAUCUGUCAAUAUGGAUGACUUUCCAUCUCUUAAUAUUGUGGGAGGCACUCUUGAGUGUGAAGAGCUUGACGUAAAUGUUUUUAAAAAUGUAACAAACCGAACAUUCAGACAAAAGUCUCCUGAGCGUCAUCCAGCGUUCCCGGAAGAAUCGCGCUCUCACAGGGCUAAAAACAUAAUGCACAAAUGACCAAGAAUUCAGUGUUAUAAGGAGACCUCUGCCCUUAUGUUAAUGAAAUGGCUUGUUAUAAAAGCUUUGUUAAUUUGUUUUUUUCAUAGAAAUUAUCUAAUGAUCUUUAUUGUUUCCUACAUCACUAUGUUUGAAUAUUCUGCUCAAUAAAAAUAAAAAAGGCUA